AUGGUCGACGAGAUCUACGCCCCCAUCCUCGCUGUACACAGCAAAUACGCUCCGAUUAAACCUGCUGGUCUUGAUGACGUCAUGGGCUCCAAGGACCUGGCCGAAGACCUCCAGUCUAAGACUGUGGCCCAGCAUGUUCAAGAGCGUCACUAG